AUGACUCUUUCUUUGAAAUAUUAUUCCCCGUUUCUUGUUCAUCACUGGAGUAGGGAAGGAUUAUUAAGUCAUGAACCCUAUCACGUCACGUAUGGGUCUUUAAAAGUCGUGAAGCUGAGCACUUUUCUUUUCUUAUUAGGAAUUGUUUUGACAUGUUGGGGUUUUGUGUGCAUUUCAAAUCCCAAGCCUCUCCCUAUGGGUCAGUUCAGUAUGAGUGGAGGAAUAUUGAAAGCGUUCUACAAUUUUACUGGUUAUUCGCCGCCUACUUUGCAAUUAUCAAAUCAGGCUUUGGAUGAAGAGCAUCCUUUGCAUUAUCUGUUUCCGCCAAAUCUUCUUAAUUACACUUACGGUAGUCAUAACAAACUGUUGACAUGCCAACGAGUACACCCUCCCAGUUAUGUCACUUUGCCAUCUAUAUUACGUUCGUUAUCAUUUUAUCACAAUGCUCAAACUUUGAUGAGGAUCGCACUACUGUUGGCUUUUCACGUCCGGAUCCAUUUAUGUUGGUCAGUCACAGGGCUGGCUGCAAUUCAGAAGAACACCUUUCUAGCUAAGUUUUUUUGUGUAACUCUACCUGUUCUGGAAAUACCCUGGAUGAUAUUCGCAAUGUUCAUUCUGAUGUUCCAUCAUUCGAUUGACAAAGAAUGGAGUUUCCUGUUUGAUAAAAAUAUAUCCAUAUUUGGUGUUUUGUUUGGGAUGUAUGCUUCUGCUUACAUCGUCUUCACAAUUGUGCGGAACAAGAAGGAUUUCCUUCUGCUAGUCGUGCGUGUGUUCUGCUUGUCGAUUUUUCUAAGCACGAUAUUUUCUGUACAAAAAUCUUAUUUGACUUUUAUGAAGGAAAAGCCUUGUCACACGCUCGUCGAAUACAACGAAGCACUGAUUGAGUAUGCGGCUUUCUUUUCCAUUUUCCUAUUUUUAUCAACGCAAUUAGUUGAAAUGAAAAACUUCAUUGUCGUUAUUAGUUCCGUUCCUAACGAAAACGUUUCGAAAGAGGAAUUUAAUGAGCUAAUUGGCUGCUUCUGGCAAAACGAUUAUUACCCGGUAUAUUUAUUCAAUACUUAA